GGCAGCGCUAUUCCGUUCGCAGUUUCAAUUAUUCUAUGAAAGAAAUAUUUCCUUUCUGUUCUAAUCCCGACAACAACAAUAAGAUUAUGGUCGAGAUUUAAAAACAAUACAUUUAUAUUUAGUUAGAGCUCUACAAGGGUUACAAAAAUCCAAAUUGGAAACAAAAAUGUCAUUUUAUGCCUGUUCUCCCGAGUGAGGAGCCUAGCCAAGAUAUUAUUCGUAGGGGUAUCGUUGCUCGCCUUUUUCUUUUUAUUUAUGAUGUAUACUUCGGAGAUAUCCGCAUAAUUGAUAUAUGCACCACAAUCGAUUCUUUCGUGGAAAGACACUAUAUUCAAAUAUAAAUUUGACAACAUAUUUUUGUUUUUAAAUUAUUCUGUCAGAAUUUCAAGCACUCUAAAUUAUCCUUUCAAGACAUUGAUAAAUAAAUACAAAAUUUUUCCAGCUCCGUAUUUUUAAACAAAACAAUUUCGUUCUAGCAAACAAAACUAAAGCCAUAAUGACACAGCAGGACGGUUUCCUUCCUAUAAUUAACACGUGGUCUUCAACUACCGCUUGUCCACCCAAUCUGCCACCCCUAGGCGAAUAUAAUUGGGAUUACGGUAAAUGUGAUGAUGCUCUUAGCUUUAACGAUUGUGUUAAUUUUGAUGGAAGCACCUAUUUCCAACAACCACGCCGCCGUCGCGCUAUUCGACCAAGCUCUUGGUUUGGUCGCCCCACUAGCCUACCAGAAAGCGCUACCACCUACAAAUGUUCUUUCUACCGAAAGUGCUACAGUAAACGUUGCCCAAUAUGGCCCCGAAAUCAUUUGCACAGCCCGUGUGCACCACCACCGCGUUGUACGAUGAAUCAGUUAUCUUAUACGUAUCGGUUAAAACAUAAUAUGUGGUAUUAAACCUCCUUACAACUGUGUCAAAAAUUUAAUGUAAUAAAAAUGAAAAUAUAAAUUAAAUUUAACAAAA